AUGGCUGAAAUCGUUGUUACUGCCGUCCUCACCACGCUGUGUGAGAAGCUUAUCUCUGCUGAUUUGAUGAAGCUUGCUCGAACCCAAGGAAUUGAUCCUCAGCUAAACAAAUGGAAGAAAACCUUGCCUCUCAUCCAGGCUGUGCUUGCUGAUGCAGGCCAGAAACAGAUAACAGAGAGAUCUGUUCAAUUGUGGGUGAACAAUCUCCAGGAUUUGGCUUACGAGAUAGACGAUGUACUCGAUGCUUUGGCCACCGAAGCUGGGCGACGCAAGUUGUUUCAAGAAACUCAUGCCAGCGCCAACACUAGUAUGAUGAGUUCUAAUUUAAAUGCGAUUACUACCAAAUUGCAUGAUCUUGUGGAGGAGAGAAAUGGUCUGGGUUUAAAUGUGAAUGUAAAUUUUGAAAGGCCAAAUCAAUCAGAGAGACGAUUGGAGCAAACUUCACUGGUUGAUGAGUCCAGAAUCAUGGGUCGGGAAGGGGAUAAAGAAGCUUUGUUGGGGAAGUUGUUAGGGAAUAAUGAUAAAGUGAGGAUACUCUCCAUUGUUGGCAUGGGUGGGAUAGGGAAAACCACUCUGGCCAAAGUUUUGUACAAUGAGGAGAAAGUGAAGAAUCACUUUGAAGUUAGGGUAUGGGUUUGUGUUUCUGAAGAGUGCGAUGUAUUUAAUAUUAGCAAGGCUAUUUUUCAAGCUGUAGGUGGGGAGGAAAAUAGAUUUUCUAAUCUAGACAUGCUUCAUGUGAAACUCAAAGAAAAACUUUUAAAGAAAAGGUUCCUACUUGUUUUGGAUGAUGUCUGGAAUGUAGACCGGAGUAAAUGGGAACUCCUACAAAGUCCUCUUGUACGGUUACCUGGAAGUAAACUUAUGGUGACAACUCGGGAUACCAGGGUUGCAUUAGUUAUGGACUCUGAUGAAGCUUACGAUCUGCAGGUUUUGUCAAAUGAAGUUGCUUUGUCUUUAUUUGCCCAACAUGCGCUUGGUGAAAAAAACUUUGACAAACAUCCAACACUUAAAUUGCAUGGUGAAGGUAUUGUGAAGAAAUGUGGUAGAUUGCCUUUGGCUUUGAAAACACUUGGGAGGGUCUUGAAGACAAAUAGAAAUGGUUAUGAAUGGGAAAAGUUGUUGAAUAGUGAUAUAUGGUAUAUAGAUGAUGGAAGGGAGAUUCUUCCGGCUCUAAGACUAAGCUACUAUCAUCUCCCUCCACAUUUAAAGUUGUUGUUUGCAUACUGCUCCUUAUUUCCCAAGGACUAUGUAUUUCAAAAGAAAGAAUUAGUCCUACUGUGGAUGGCCGAAGGAUUUUUAUCCCAGUCAAAAGGCAUGAAGUCAAUGGAGAGUUUAGGUCAUCAGUAUUUUGAAGAGUUAAAGUCAAGGUCAUUUUUUCAAUAUGCAAUGGAUGAUGAAUUGGGAUAUACAAUGCAUGACCUGAUAAACGAUUUGGCUACAAGUGUUGCAGGAGAGUUUUUCUUUAGACUGGAUGAUGAGAUCGAUGCAUCCGAUACAAAUGAAACUUUUGAGAAGUUUCGUCACUUUUCACUUGUAGGUCCACAAUGUGGAUCAUUUAGAAAGUUCAAGGAAUUACAAAGAGCUAGACGUUUGCGAACUUUCUUACUAAUGUUAGUUGGAUGGAAAACUAACGACUUAUUGGAUAGUGUUCUUUUUGAUUUACUUCCUGAACUACGAUUCCUAAGGGUGCUAAGCCUAAGUAGUCAGAGUAUCAUAAAGUUACCAAAAUCCAUUGGUGGUUUCAAGCAUUUGCGAUACCUCAAUUUUUCUUAUACUGAAAUCACAUGUUUACCUGAACAAGUGAGUGACCUUUAUAAUCUACAGAGCUUGUUGGUUCGGGGUUGUUAUGAGUUAUCAUGCUUGCCAGAAAGUUUUGCAAAGUUAAUAAACAUGCGACAUCUUGACAUAACUGAUACUCCAAAGUUGACGAAGAUGCCCUUAGGAAUUGGUGGACUUUCUAUCUCGGGGCUCGAGAAAGUUCUAGAUCCAAUAGAAGCAAAGGAUGCCAAGUUACAUCGAAAGAAAGGUCUUGAUGCUUUGGAGCUGAUAUGGAGUCAUGUGCUUGAUGAUUCUCGAAAUGAGAAGAUUGAAUAUGAAGUACUUGCAGAGUUAAGGCCUUCUCAUCAUAAGUUGAGAAACUUGAAGAUUUUGUUCUACAAGGGAAUAAGAUUUCCUAGUUGGGUUAGCGAUCCCUCAUUUGAUCAAUUAACUGAGCUUACAUUAUGUGGUUGUAGAAGUAGACAUCUACCAACACUUGGACAUCUACAGUCGCUUAGGAAAUUAUUUGUUGUAAGGAUGAAUGAGGUGAAGACUUUGGGUUUUGAGUUACUUGCACCUACAAAUUCUCUUGUUGACAUUGCAUUUCCAUCACUUGAAGUUUUGGAAUUUGAUGAUAUGCAUGGUUGGGAGAGAUGGGCAACUAGUAGUCAUGAUGUUGAUGGAGGACCUACUAGAUCGUUUCCUUGUCUUCGUGAGAUUUCUAUAAAAGAUUGCCCCAAACUAGAUCAAGUGUCAAUUGGAUUGAUUCCUUCACUUAGGGUUUUACAUAUAGAACGAUGUUUCGAAGUUGUGUUAAGAAGCAUGAUUGGUGCGUCUUCGUCACUUGUUAUUUUACAAAUAUUGAAUGUUAAAGGACUUACUCAACUACAUAGAGAAGACUUAAUACAUCUUGGGAGACUUGAAAGUCUGUAUAUUGAAAAAUGUGAUGAAUUGAGAUACUUGUGGGAACGAGAUUUGGAGGCAUGCAAGAUUCUUGUGAGUUUGCGGAAGUUGGAGGUGCAUAAUUGUAAGAAGAUGGUAUCAUUAGGAGAGAAAGAUGUUAAUUUGGGAAUUAACAUGAAAUCUGUUAAACAAGUGAUAUUUCAUAACUGUGAUACACUGGAGAGUUACGAUUGUCCAAGUAGUACUGAAAGCUUGGAGAUUAGUAGUUGUGAUUCAAUAACUUCCUUGACCUUCUCAGCAAUUCAAGAGCAACGAUCCCUUGUCACAGAAUCGAUAAUCAAUGAUUGUGAUAACAUACAACGCAUUCCAAAUAAAGGUUUUGGUUUUCAUCCCCUCUUUUCCUUAAUAUCUCUUCAGAUCUAUAACUGCAAGAAUCUGAAGUCAUUUCCUCAUGAGCAUUUGCAAAGUCUCACAUGUUUGGAACAACUGUGGAUAUACGAUUGUCCAAGUAUGGACUACUCUUUUCCUUGUGGGUUGUGGCCUCCUAAUUUAAGCACCCUCCAUAUAGGAGGCUUGAAGAAGGCCAUGUCAGAGUGGGGCCCACAGAGAUAUCCAACCUCACUAGUUGAUCUAUACUUAAAUGGAAAAAAUUCAGGAGUGGUUUCAUUUGCACUAGAAGAAGAUGCGAGGAAUACUACUACUUCAUCAUCUUUUCUUCUUCCAUCAUCUAUAGUUUCUCUAACACUCAGUGGUUUUAAGGAUUUGGAAUCAGUUUCAGAAAUCCCACAACGCCUCCCGUGCCUUAAAGAUCUUAACAUUUGGUUUUGCCCGAAGCUUGCGUUUCAUAACUUCAGACCCAGCAUAACAGAAAGUAAUGGUGGGGUGAUUAAAUAG